AUGGUCCACCCGCCGCACUGGAGGCCGAUGUCGUCGGCGUGGAUCCCCGCGACGACGAUCUUCGACGCCGUCUUGCUCAGCGGCAGCAACUCCUUCCCCCGGCCCUCGCCGUUCUUCAGCAGCACCAGGCUCCUCCUCACGGCUUCCCGUGCCAGCGUCCGAUGGGCCUGCUCUCCGGCGACGGUCCGUGAGGUCGGCCUUGUGGGAGGUGGAGACGGUGGGUUGGAUAUAGCUCGCUUACCGCGUGGCCGAGCAUCCCAGAGAGGGAGCGGUCGGCCAUGGGCCGCUCGAACAGGCCAAUCACGAGCUUCACCCUCAGGAUCCGCCGGACGGCGUCUUCGAUCCUCGAAAUCGUCACCUGGCCGGAGAGGACCAGAUCCGUGAGGUCGGAGAUGAACUGUCGGAAGUUGUAGGGGACCAUGACCAUGUCGACUCCAGCGUUGAUCGCCAACUUGACGCUGUUCUUGUAGUCCGGGCCUAUUCUGUCGACGCCCUCCCAGUCAGAGACCACGAAACCCUGCAGCAGAGGACAACGGCACCAUCAAUCACGUUAA